CCGCCCACCUCCCUCAUUCUCACAGGAGUGUCGAGAGCCAUCAGGAUCACCAGGCUGGAGGUACCGACGCCCCUGGCGGUCGGCGAGGGCGGGUGGCUCCGGUGCGAGUGGGAGGACGAGGGUGACCACGUUUACACCCUCAAGUGGUACCUCGGCAUCGACGAGUUCUACCGGUGGACGCCGCUGGAGACGCCGCCGGUGAAGACCUUCCCUAUGCAGCACUUCACCAUGGACACCCGGGCCUCCGGGCGUGGCAGCGUCAGGAUACACAACGUGACGGUGGACGCCGGCGGCAACUACCGCUGUGAGGUGUCCGGCGAGGCGCCCGUCUUCAAGACCUCCUUCAAGUCCGCCCUCAUGACGGUGGUGGACCUGCCAGACGAGCGACCAACGAUCAGCUGGGAGGAGCGACGCCCCUACCAGGCCCAGCAGGAGGUAACCUUCACCUGCUCCUCCAGGAACGCCAGACCCGCCCCAACACUCUCCUUCUACAUCAACGACCAGCCAGUGGACCCCUCGUGGGAGGAGGGUCAGCUGGUGCAGGUGAACAGGUCUACCACGCUGGAGACCGCCGUCAAGACGCUCCGCUUCCGCCUGCGGCCUACCGUGGUACAGUCUGGCGUGCUACAGGUCAAGUGCGUGGCAUCCUACGACGACCUGUACUGGCAGAGCAGCGAGAGAGCCUUCACCAUCGAUGUACCUGACGACCACGCCCACCAGUCCGGCUCUCAGGGGUUCAUGACGUACGGCAGCGAGGGCUUCAGAGCGGCGCCGCCGCCCCCGCUGUUCAUGUGCUCACUACUGAUCCUCUUUGCUAGCUUAUUUAACCAUUUUCUUUGUCGCUGUUAGUCCUCUGGGGGUUCGGUAAGUUAUUUAGCUGCCUAAUACUGCUUGACAAGUCUUGUGUAAGUCUUAUUACUUGCCAACUCUCUCUCUCUCUGUCGGACUGGUACUAUUCAACUUGUUACUUCAGCAGGUGUUGCACAUGUUCAUCUCCCCCACUCAUCAUGGACUCUCCCAACACACGCUGUAUGUCUUCUGUCUCUUAUCCUUUGAAACCCGGCCGGUAAAAUGUUCACUGUUUAGCUUCGACCGCUUUCCAUUCUUCCCUUACUCCUACUCCCUGUUCUCUUUGCCGGUCUCUCUCCUCCUUGCCUGCUCUUUUGGUCUCCUUUGACUCAUCCUUACAUCUCUUAAAUGUCAUUUUUGUCUUAAUUAUCGAAUGUAUAUGCAACAUUCUUCUCUAGUCUUUAGGUUUAUACCUCAUUUAUAUGCUUUAGUUUCCCCCCGACGACUCCCAUUUUCUCCCUGAUGUAAACAAGGAGGAGAAGAGAGGUGGGCGAGAGAUAUAACCUAGGAGGUCUUGCCUGGUUCUUCACCCUGAUGUAGGAAUAACGUUCCUACAUUAUACAACAUGGCGAGAGGGAAGGCCAAAGUGGGGGGGGGGUGGAGGGGGGGGGGGUUUGAACCAAACUGUAAACAAUAAUUUUACAUCCGGCUUGACGAUUCUUAUGUGAUGUUGUCUUUGCUUUUGAUCUUCUUCCUUUGUGCUGGAACAAUCACUGUUGCAGUUGUUGCUACAUGAGCCGCUGCGGCAGUUGUUGGCACAUGAGCCGCUGCGGCAGUUGUUGGCACAUGAGCCAGCCGCUGCGGCAGUUGUUGGCACAUGAGCCAGCCGCUGCGGCAGCUGUUGCCACAUGAGCCGGCCGCUGCGGCAGUUGUUGCUACAUGAGCCAGCCGCUGCGGCAGUAGUUGCUACAUGAGCUAGCAGCUGCGGCAGUCGUUGGCACA